AUGGAUAGGUUAAACCGCAUGCUGGCGAAUGCUGGCGGUAUGGGCGGCCUCAACAGCUCCCCCCCAGGAUCAGAUAGCACAACUCUGAUCGAUAACUCCGAAACCGUUUACAUUUCCUCCCUUGCGCUCCUGAAGAUGCUGCGACAUGGAAGAGCUGGUGUACCUAUGGAAGUCAUGGGCCUGAUGCUUGGGGAGUUCGUGGAUGACUUUACAGUACGCGUAGUUGAUGUCUUUGCCAUGCCCCAGAGUGGUACAGGCGUCAGUGUUGAGGCUGUCGAUCCAGUCUUCCAGACCAAGAUGAUGGAUAUGUUACGGCAGACAGGACGACCAGAGACAGUUGUAGGCUGGUACCAUUCCCAUCCCGGUUUUGGCUGCUGGCUCUCCUCCGUCGAUAUCAACACACAACAAUCCUUCGAGCAAUUGACACCCCGAGCUGUUGCAGUUGUCGUCGACCCCAUCCAAUCCGUCAAGGGCAAGGUCGUUAUCGAUGCCUUCCGCCUCAUCAACCCCCAAUCGCUCAUGCUCGGUCAAGAACCCCGCCAAAGCACAUCCAACCUGGGACAUCUCAACAAGCCCUCUAUCCAAGCACUCAUCCAUGGCCUGAAUAGACAUUACUACAGCAUUGGGAUCAACUACCGCAAGACUGCGCUGGAGGAGAACAUGUUGAUGAACCUACACAAGCAAGUUUGGACUGAGGGCUUGCAAAUGGACGAUUUCCGCCUGGAGGGUGGCCGCAACAAGGAGAGAUUAAAGAACCUGGUCAGCCUGGCUGAUGGAUACGAGAAGCGUGUAAAGGAGGAGACCGAAUUGACAAAGGAUCAAUUGAAGACGCGAUAUGUAGGGAAGGUGGACCCGAAGAAGCACUUGGAGGACGUUGGACAGCAGCUAAUCGAGGACAAUAUUGUUUCGGUAUCGAGACAGAUGAUUGACAAGGAGGCUUCUGCGCCAAAGGAAAAGUCUGAUGCAAAUGGACACGCGAACGAGGAUGCUAUGGAUCUGGAAGAGGACCUAUAA